CCUAAAAAAAGCAGUGGAAACUACCAAAUUGGAGUAUGGUAGAAGAAGAAGGAAUUUCCAAUGAAAGCGGUGAACUGUAUAGAGACAAGAAAGAACACUGACGGUGAAAGUACUCUGUUGGGCCGAUGCUGACACUGAGAGAUAAAAGUUGGAGAAACAAAUAGGAUUAGUUAAUCAAGUUGUUCUAAUGGUAAACAAUAGAUACUAGGUGCUGUACUUAUCGAUCCGUGCAGUACCGUAGCUAUUGCGUUAAGUAUCAUGCCUGUAUCAAUAAUAAUAUAAAUUUUUUAUCAAAAUUACGUAAUAGUGGAUGUCUCUGAUUUGCUUCGAACAAGUACAACCAGUGUAUUUAUUUUUGAGCUUUGCUUGAUCCGUUGGUUCUGGCAACCGUCAUGGGUACUUCAUCUUCAUCUUGUUUCUGCUUUUGAAACAUAUAUUCGAUGGAGAAAAACUUGUUUCGCCGACCUUAUUUUGGUUUCCAGUCAUAUCGGAGCUCUUGUACCGUUAAAUGAAUAGAAACAGAUGCAUUAUUCUCUUCUCUAGAACCUCAAACAUCCAUGGAAUCCCUUCUCCUUCCUCUUUCUUUCUCUCCUUCAACUACUCCUCGCGACCUGCAAAACAACAAGAGCCACGGGAAACUACCAAUUGCAGUCUCGCGUCAUGUAUUGCCUCUUUGCAGUCAUGUGCCCGCCACAAGGACCUCACAAAGGGUAAGCAAAUUCAUGGCUACAUGCUCAUCAAUGGUCUCCUUAAUACCUCCCCUCUCGCCGUCACUAGCGUUAUCAACAUGUACUGUAAAUGCAACCAAAUGCCAUAUGCGAUUUCAAUCUUCAGUAAUUAUGAUCGCAAUGUGUUUUCUUACAAUGCAAUGAUUUCGGGAUUUGUUGGAAAUGGGUUUGCUUUGAGUGGGUUGGAGGUUUACAGGGAAAUGAGGGUUUUGGGUACUGUGCCUGAUAGGUACACCUUUCCUUGUUUGAUAAGCGGUUGUUGUGAUGCCACGGAGGUCUUGGAGUUGAAGAAGAUUCAUGGGUUGGUGUUUAAGUAUGGUUUGGAUUUAGAUGUGUUUGUUGGCAGUGCUUUGGUGAAUACGUACCUGAAGUUUGUGUUAGUGGAGGAAGCACAGAAGGUGUUUGAUGAAUUGCCUGUGAGAGAUGACGUUGUGCUUUGGAAUGCCAUGGUUAAUGGGCAUGCGCAGAUUGGUCAGUUUGAUGAGGCUCUAUCGGUUUUCAUGAAAAUGCGGGAGGAAAAUAUUCUCAUGAAUAGGUAUACGGUUACUGGGGUUCUGUCAGCUUUUGCUGUGUUGGGGGAUGUUGAUAAUGGGAGAGUCAUUCAUGGUCUCACAGUGAAACUGGGCUAUGGUUUGGUUGUUGCAGUUUUGAAUGCGUUGAUUGACAUGUAUGGAAAGUGCAAGUGUGUUACUGAUGCAAUGGCGAUUUUCGAGGGGAUGGAGGAAAGGGACAUAUUCUCAUGGAACUCAAUCCUAUGCGUUCAUGAACAGUGUGGUGAUCAUGAUGGAACCUUGAGGCUUUUCGGUAGGAUGAUAAUUGCUCGUGUUCGGCCUGAUCUGGUUACUGUGACAACACUCCUUCCUGCUUGUGCUCAUCUGGCUGCAUUGAUGAAUGGUCGAGAGGUUCAUGGUUAUAUGAUUAUUAAUGGAUUUGCAAAUACUGGAAACUGUAGAGACAGUGGUGAUUUGCUAAUAAAUAAUGCUAUAAUGGAUAUGUAUGCAAAGUGCGGUAGCAUGGGAGAUGCACGGUUGAUAUUUGACAAGUUGAGCAGUAGGGACGUGGCAUCUUGGAAUAUUAUGAUCAUGGGUUAUGGCAUGCAUGGUUUUGGCAAGGAGGCACUAGAAAUGUUUGCAUGCAUGUGCGAGGCCAAAUUUGCACCUGAUGAGAUCACAUUCGUAGGAGUUUUGUCAGCCUGCAGUCACGCUGGUCUUCUGGAUAAGGGACGUGAAUUCUUGAGGCAAAUGAGUUUGAAAUACGGUGUCGCCCCGGGCAUUCAGCAUUAUACCUGUGUAAUUGACAUGCUUGGACGAGCUGGGCAGCUUGAAGAGGCUUAUGAAUUGGCAGUAACAAUGCCUAUUGAAAUGAGCUCAGUUCCAUGGAGGGCUUUAUUAGCAGCAUGUCGGCUCCAUGGGAAUGCAUAUCUUGCUGAGAUUGCUGCACAGAGAGUAUUUGAACUUGAUCCUGAGCAUUGUGGCAACUAUGUUCUGAUCUCAAAUGUUUAUGUGGCAGCUGGUCGAUAUGAAGAAGUAUUGGAUGUUAGAGAUUCAAUGAGGCAACAAAAUGUAAAGAAGAUGCCUGGUUGUAGCUGGCUAUAACUCAAGAAUCACGUACAUGCUUUCAUUGCUGGCGAUCAAACUCAUCCUGAAGCUGAUCUUAUAUAUGCUGGUUUACACUUAUUAACUGCUCAUUUACAGAGCGAUGAAUACAUAGCAGAUGUCUAGAAUGAUGCCGAACGUUUCUGGCAAUCUUGUAAAAGGAGUAUUUUCUGCAA